UAAAAAUAAAUAAAUAAAUAAACUCUUCAAUCGCCAAACGGAAAAGUAUUAGGGUUUGUAUUUUAAACAGCUAGCUAGGGUUUGGUUUCCUCUUCCGUCACUGAUACUAUCUUCUCUAUUUUCUUAUAUAAACCAGACUCAGUCGUCUCCUAAUCUAAUCUCCCGCCUCCUUCUUCUUCUUCUUCGAUCUACGUUAGUUUUACAUAUCACAAAAUCAAUCGCAAUCAUAUUAUAAGAGCUUAAUUAAAAUCCGUUAAUAGUAAUAAUAAUAGGUCGGUUUUUGUUUUUUUAAGAUCCGAUUAGGAAAAUUAUAUUUGGUGAAAUCAAUCGAUUUGUUUUUAAUAUAAAAGAUUAUGAAGCGAUCUACCGGGAAAUCAAACAGAGUAACGUGGGCACCUGCUUAUAAUCUUUGUCAGAUGAGGCUAUUUCUGUCUGAGGAUUCUCCUUUGAAAGUCGGCACGCAAAUUCAGGAUCAUCUGCAAAAGAAGACCUCACAGAUGUUGCAUCAUUUGACCAGUAUGGAAAUGAAUGACCUUCCCCCUGGCUUUGAAGGUGGUCAAUUGAAUCCUGUUAAAGAGGCAUCAUCACAUAUUCCUAUGAUUGAAUGGAAGUGUUCCCCCAAACAGGUGAUUUUGAGUCAAAACUGGCAUGUUGCAGCUGGUGAAGAAAGUAGCGAGGCUGAAGCUCAAAAAGUUAGGGAAAUGAGAGUGCUUGAAGCUGUGUUUCCACGCCGUGCUUCUAUUCCCCCUUGCCCAGUUAUUUCGGUUGAUGUAGAAGAGGAAUUUUACAAUGAUAGCUUCACUCCUGUGAUCCCAAUCACUCCCAUUGAAGAUGGGGCAGUUGCAGACAAACCAACUGUUUUGUCAGAACAUACCCAAGUAGCAGAAGCAUUGCCUAAGGAUCUUUUAUCAUCUCCGACUCCAAAAUGUAACUCCCCUCCCGCAAGUGAAAAACCCAUGAUUGGAUUAUUACCUGGUAUCAGUGCCGAUCUAACAACUGCCGCAGCUUCUGCUGCAUUAACCGCACUCGUGAAAAGCAUGGAGAAGGGAAGCUUGAUUGACACUGGUUUGCUCAUUAAAAUCUUAAGGGAUCCAAAAAUGAUUGAAAAACUGAUACAUGAGCCAGCGCCGAUUAGUACAAGCAGCAGCGCUACUAUGCUUGUUCCGAAGCAAACUGAUGGAAACUCACAUCAUAUACCUACUAGGUUGCUACCCAAAUUAGAACCUAUAACGAGAUCAACUCCCGGUACUGGUCGCAAACCUAUGAUGCUUUCAGCACCGAUGUCUGUCUUGCAGCCCCCGGGUUCUGGUAUGCAGCCAACAGUCUCAAGGCUGCCACCUCAGAAAGACACCAAACUGGAUGCUACUAUGCUUGUUUCGAAGCCAACUGAUGGAAACUCACAUCAUAUACCUACUGGUUUGCUACCCAAAUUAGAACCUAUGACGAGAUCAACUCCUGGUACUGGUCACAAACCUAUGAUGCUUUCAGCACCGAUGCCCGUCUCGCAGCCCCCAAAUUCUGGUGUGCAGCCAACAGUCUCUAGGCCGCCACCUCAGCCAGCCACCAAACCGGUACCAUUGAUUUAUUUGUCUAGACAAGAAUCCAUCAACCAUUCUGUAUCUAGGCCAGCAGCAACUCCAAAUAUGUAUAUUUCCAGUACUGGGAAUACUAUGUCUACGAAGCCUGCCCAACCAGCUCCAAAAUCAUAUUUUGAAGAGAAACACAAUCAAUUGCCACCAACUUUAGGUAUGCCUAAACAACCAAAUGGUUAUGCUCAAGCUAAUCUAGCAGCAAUAAACACCAAACCAGUAAAGGAUAUCAACUACUUUAAGAAUUUGAUUAGGGAACAUGGAUCUGACAACACUAAUCAAAACAUUGCAUAUAAUGGUAAUCACACAUUAAAUCAUGAAUUUGGAAAUAAUUUGAGAACCUACAAGCUUCAGCAGCCUUGCAUGUAUCUUAGAGGCCCAAAUGGUUGCCGAAAUGGCUAUAGUUGCCCAUAUCAACAUGACUCUUCAUUUCAGUUUCAAACUGGUGGCUACAUGGAGGGCCGUUAUGCUAAGAGAAUGAAAUUUGACAUGGGAGGUUAUAACUAAAAUUUGUUCUAAUUUGGUUGGAUAGUGUAAAUGGUAGGCUCUUUUGCACGUCGUUUUGCUAUAGGCUGUACAGAGGAACAAACAAACGUAGUUGAAUUUCAUCAAGUCCAACGUAUAGUUUUUGGAUAUAUGCUGAAAUUGUUUAAGUUUUCUUGAAAUUUAUUCUCAAUUUGGCUUUUCUA